AUUCAAAUGAUUAACAUCAACAUACCGAUAUCCACGUCUGCAAAAUGCCGCUCAAAGCAACAAAUACCGUACUCCACCCUGCUGAGACGAGCCCGUACAUAGGCACUGUCACGAUCCCUGUGGCCAAACCAAGGAGAACUAGAUACCACGCCCAAUGCCGUGCUUGUUUGCCUAGCCGAGGAUUUCGAAAGAAGAAAAGACAGAAAAUAUAAGAAUUACAGCUCCUGAAAUCUUCAGCAAGCAGUCUUGACAAAGGGAGUAGAAGUCUGCGUCGCCCCAAGAGCCUUUAAGUUCAAUACGAUGUAUAUUGCGCUCACAACAGAAACGAAACCGACGAUGAGGAUAACAAGGGUUGUAUCGUUUUGGUUGAACUCAUGGUUUUAUGGAUAUGCCGUUGCUAUCUUAGAAGUUAUACCGAAAACGCUGAAUGGCUCAAUCUGUUCGAUACCGGAAGACAUGAACGACCAAUCUGCGCUGCAAAUGAAGGACCCUGGGGAUCGCGCGGCAAUUCUUUCGAUUUGAUCUAUAUGAGGAGCCCACCGCUGCGGCGCAGCUUUGGC